UCCCCAGGCCUGAACAUGGGCCCGGUGGUCGCGGGGGUCAUCGGGGCCCGCAAACCCCAAUACGACAUUUGGGGCAACACCGUCAACGUCUCGAGCCGCAUGGACAGCACGGGGGUCCCCGACCGCAUCCAGGUGACGACGGACCUGUACCAGGUGCUGGCGGCCAAGGGCUACGUGCUGGAGUGCCGGGGGCUGGUCAAGGUCAAGGGCAAGGGGGAAAUGACCACCUACUUCCUCAACGCCGGCCCUGGGAGCAGUUAGGGGGGGUCCCCGUGGUGCCCCCCCCCCCCAGGGGCCAGGCAAGGGAAAAAAUUAAAAAUCCCCAAAUCCACGUAUUUAAAAAAAAACCAAGAAAAGAAAAAAAAGGGAGAAACGGACACAAGGGAGGUGGUUGGAGGGGGGGGGCUGUGAGACCCCUCUGUGCUCCCCCCCCUUUCCCAAGGUGGUGUUUUGGGGGGGUGUUUCCCAGGCCUGCACCGGGGUGUUUUAUUUUGGGGAUGGGGGGCAGGGUGGGGUGAACCCACCGCCCCCUUUCCUUUGCUGAAACCCCUCCAUGUGCCAAAGAGGGGAGAUGGGGGCCCCCCCCACCCAGGGAAGGUUUUGGGGGGGUGUUUGAGGGUGGGGGUGUCCCCAGCCCCCUCCACGUGCCAAAUUGAAGUGCCGCCUGCGGGGGGGGGAAGGUUGGGAGGGACGCAGGCCCAGCACCUCCGCAGCCCCCCCACCCCCCCGGGGGUCCCAGCUCCCUCUGGGGGGGGGCUGCAGCGGGGAGGAGUGGGGGGGCAGCCCCCCCCUUCCUUUUAAAUGCAAAAA